AGAUCAGACUCCGCGCGUGACGUUAUGAGAAGGUGCAUUGGGUGGGGAGCGCCGCGCACCUGACCACAUAGUAGGGCGUUUUCUCGUCAUACCACUGUACGUGGUGCGCAUACGCAACAACGCGCGGCUUCUACUUAGAGACAGGCUUCGCGGCGGGAGAGCAUGCAGAGGGCCAGUUGCCGUAGGGCGAGGACCGGGGAACCGUCACCGAGCAGCCGCGCAGACUUCGGCGGGCAGCAGGCGCCAUGAGGCCGCUGGAUGUUCUACUCAUCAUCGGUACCGUACUCGCUUGGGAACUAGCUAGAGCAGACACCACUUCCAGGGACAACAGACUUUACGAGGUAACAGAAUGGAAUAAUCUAAAUGAGAUAGGUGAGGGCCAACCAAACACCACAUUAUCAUGGACAGACACAGGUGUUGUUUCAGGAGGUACAGAUGACAAAGAGAGUGAUGAUGAGCUGGACAGCAUGGUCUGUGGGUUUGAUGACUCUGUCCUGGAUGUUACCCAUGACAGCAGUGGAAGAAGUCAGAGAUAUUCCUUAUACGCGAGUAAGUGGAAAAAGAAACAUCUCUACUACCGCAUAGUCAACUCUCCUCACAACAACGAGGCUGAGAAGUAUCGUGUACAAAACACAGUGGCACGUGCCAUUAAGCUGUGGAGUGAUGCCUCACCGCUCACGUUUUAUGAGGCGAAAGACAGACAAAAAGCGGAUUUCGUUGUAAAGUUUAUCAAGGGUGAUCACAACGACGGAUACCCUUUUGAUGGUGAAGGUGGUAUCUAUGCACAUGCCUUCUUUCCUCAAGAUGGAGACGUGCAUUUCGACAAUGACGAGAUCUGGGCUCUGAAACAAGAGAACAGCCCUAAGAAGGACCUUUUCAUCAUCGCAGCACAUGAACUUGGGCAUAGCCUUGGUCUUGGACACUCUAAGGUUGACGGAGCGGUCAUGAGGCCGAAGUACCGGGAUAUCAUGAAACAUAAGGACAUUGAGAAACUGUCUUCUGAUGACACGGCUGCUAUACAGGCUGUAUAUGGCCCAUGCCCUAAAGUGGAGUAUUGGUUAAAAGACCUUCUGAAAAGAAGAACGAAGCCAAGACCACCGAUUGGUAAAAGGCGACCCAGUACGUGUUCUGGACCUUUUGAUGCCAUGUUCCUUGGCCCUGACAUGAGGACCUAUGUGAUGAGAGGCCGGUACUACUGGAAGCUGAAUGAAGAGAGGAUGAUCGGCAGGCCACAGCCUCUGCUCAUCAAACAUCGCUGGCCUGGCUUACCGGGGAACGUCAACGCUGCCGUCACGUCGUAUUACACUAAAAGAACAUAUUUCUUCAAAGGUGACCGGGUUUGGAGAUACAACAACAAUGUCCUGGACAGCAAUUAUCCAAUCAAAAUAAAGGGCACAGGUUUGCCAAAGAACCCGGAUGCCGCUCUAGUCUGGGGGCCUAAAAACAGAAUCGUCAUCUUCAGGGGCAAAAAAUUCUGGGUCUGGAACGAAUUCACUAGAAGAGUAGACAUGGGGUUCCCAAAACUCAUCCGCAAAUACUGGCACGGAGUCCCCAACCAUCUAGACGCUGCCUUGCGCUGGAAAAACGGCAUAACUUACUUCUUCAAGAGCGGCUACUAUUGGAAAUUUGAGGACGACUUGGAGAAAACAGCGAAGUGUUACCCGCGACCGGUGGCGCUGUAUUGGAGCAGUUGUGGUGGAACGUCAUUGGAGAGAUAUGGGACAUGAGCAGAGGCCGCCAUCUUGGAUUUCCCUGGCCUUUUGACCUUGAAGUUUGUUUUGGACAUUGUGUGUCUUCCCAGGUUGCUAACUGUGAAGGGUGUCAACCUGAGUGUAGAAUGUCGCAGUAGACUGUUGCAGGGUGAAACCAAGGCCUAACAACACCAUUCAAGGUUAUGGCUAGCUUAAUAGUACACAC